CGUCACACUUCCUCCGGCUGAUGUACCACGUCCUUACGUGAGGGUGUGGACGUAGGCAGGCAGAGGCAGUCGGCAAAGACACGGUUCAAUCCACCGAGACGCAAAAGAACCCCGCAAAGACCACUCCCGAGGCCCGUCUACGUCUCUUUCACACCAUUCCAACUGGUUGGUACAAACGUUCCCCCGAGGCUCUGCGAUCGUGUCCCUCACUGCCCCCGGUGAGGGACGGAUGAAACCUCCAACAGGUCGCUUCAUCUCCGCGUCGUGUCGCUCAGGUUAACGUUGGACGUCCCGAGAUGGAUGACAUCUUUACGCAGUGUCGAGAAGGCAACGCGGUGGCUGUGCGCCUGUGGUUGGACAACACGGAAAACGACCUCAAUCAAGGUGACGACCAUGGCUUCAGCCCUCUGCACUGGGCGUGCCGGGAGGGCCGCUCCAGCGUGGUGGAUAUGCUCAUUAUGCGAGGCGCCCGCAUCAACGUCAUGAACCGCGGGGACGAUACGCCCCUGCACCUGGCUGCCAGUCACGGACAUCGCGACAUUCUGGGCAAGCUGAUUCAGUGCAAAGCAGACACCAAUGCUGCCAAUGAACACGGGAACACGCCACUGCAUUACGCCUGCUUCUGGGGCCAAGACCUGGUAGCAGAGGACCUCGUGAACAACGGGGCUCAGGUGAGCAUUUGUAACAAAUACGGGGAAACUCCUCUGGACAAAGCCAAACCUCACCUGCGAGAACUUCUAAAAGAAAAAGCUGAGAAAAUGGGACAGAAUCUGACCAAAAUCCCCUUCAAGGACACUUUUUGGAAAGGCACAACCAGAACUCGACCCCGCAAUGGUACUUUAAACAAACAUGCAGGCAUCGACUACAAACAGCUCUCUCUCCUGGCUAGAAUAAACGAGAAUCAGUCUGGAGAGUUGUGGCAAGGGCGCUGGCAAGGGAACGAAAUAGUUGUCAAAGUGCUGAAGGUCCGCGACUGGACCACGAGAAAAAGCCGAGACUUCAACGAGGAGUAUCCCAAACUCAGGAUCUUUUCCCAUCCUAAUGUCCUCCCUAUGUUGGGAGCUUGUCAGUCACCGCCAGCCCCACACCCUAUCAUCAUCACACACUGGAUGCCUUACGGCUCCCUUUACAACGUUCUGCAUGAGGGCACCAACUUUGUAGUGGACCAGACGCAAGCGGUGAAGUUCGCUCUGGACAUCGCGUGCGGGAUGGCCUUCUUGCACACGCUGGAGCCAAUGAUCCCGCGACACUAUCUGAACAGCAAGAGUAUCAUGAUCGAUGAAGACAUGACAGCCAGGAUCAGCAUGGCCGACGUCAAGUUUUCCUUUCAGUGUCCUGGCAGGAUGUACUCACCCGCUUGGGUUGCCCCUGAGGCCCUGCAGAAGAAACCAGAGGAGAUCAAUCGGCGGUCGGCCGACAUGUGGAGCUUUGCCGUGUUGCUCUGGGAGCUGGUCACCAGGGAGGUGCCAUUUGCAGACCUCUCCAAUAUGGAAAUAGGCAUGAAGGUUGCCUUGGAAGGCUUGAGGCCCACCAUUCCUCCCGGCAUCUCGCCACACAUCUGCAAGUUAAUGAAGAUCUGCAUGAAUGAGGAUCCAGCCAAGAGGCCCAAGUUUGACAUGAUUGUGCCUAUUCUAGAGAAAAUGCAGGACAAGUAAAAAAGAGUGGACUUUUUCCCAACCCCUGGGAUGUUGCCUUAAACUAUUUUUUUUACCGCAGCAUUGAGCACCGCCACCACUACAAUCCAGCAGCAGCCAUUGUUUGCUUGUUUCAGUAUGUGUGUGUGUUUUUUUUUUCUUUAAAUUGUUCGUGUUGACUGUAAUCAAAUGGACUGAAUAACCUGUGGACAGCAUCGACGGGUUUCAUUUGGAUCUGAAUGUUCUUUAUAUAUGCUAAAAGCAGGUCUUAUCCCGCCCUGAGUUGCCGCAUCAGCAUUUUGCUAAGCAUGGCAAUGCAUUUCUCUGUGUAUUCAUGAGUAAAAGCUAUUUUUAAAAACUAACUCAUGUUACCAAUGUGCAUAAAAUAGUGUUUGGAUUAAAUUCUAUUAUGUAUAGUUACGUCUCAUUUGAAAAUUCGGAACAAAUGUGCUUUUAAUAAUAUUUCUACAACUGUAAAAGUGCCUGAGAUGAAACUUGAGUGUUUAAUUGUUGAAUUGUGGCCUCCAACAGAGAACAAUUAGCGUACUUCAUGUUAAUCGUCAUGUUUUUUUCAUUGCAUUCAGUGUGCCAUUAUUUUUCCUUAUUACACUUCUUUUCCCACUUGUCUAUAUUGUCAUUGUUUCUGUGCCUUCAUCAGCUUGCUUGAUUGCGUCCAAGCCAAAAUCAAAAGCAACCUAUACAAAUGUAUGUAUUUAUAUAAAUAUAUUAAAUGGAAACGA